AUGCCCUGCGGGAGAAAGGCAGGGGAUGAUGGCACAUGCAGGGAUGAUGGCACAUGCAGGGAUGAUGGCACAUGCAGGGAUGAUGGCACAUGCAGGGAUGAUGGCACAUGCAGGGAUGAUGGCACAUGCAGGGAUGAUGGCACAUGCAGGGAUGAUGGCACAUGCAGGGAUGAUGGCACAUGCAGGGAUGAUGGCACAUGCAGGGAUGAUGGCACAUGCAGGGAUGAUGGCACAUGCAGGGAUGAUGGCACAUGCAGGGAUGAUGGCACAUGCAGGGAUGAUGGCACAUGCAGGGAUGAUGGCACAUGCAGGGAUGAUGGCACAUGCAGGGAUGAUGGCACAUGCAGGGAUGAUGGCACAUGCAGGGAUGAUGGCACAUGCAGGGAUGAUGGCACAUGCAGGGAUGAUGGCACAUGCAGGGAUGAUGGCACAUGCAGGGAUGAUGGCACAUGCAGGGAUGAUGGCACAUGCAGGGAUGAUGGCACAUGCAGGGAUGAUGGCACAUGCAGGGAUGAUGGCACAUGCAGGGAUGAUGGCACAUGCAGGGAUGAUGGCACAUGCAGGGAUGAUGGCACAUGCAGGGAUGAUGGCACAUGCAGGGAUGAUGGCACAUGCAGGGAUGAUGGCACAUGCAGGGAUGAUGGCACAUGCAGGGAUGAUGGCACAUGCAGGGAUGAUGGCACAUGCAGGGAUGAUGGCACAUGCAGGGAUGAUGGCACAUGCAGGGAUGAUGGCACAUGCAGGGAUGAUGGCACAUGCAGGGAUGAUGGCACAUGCAGGGAUGAUGGCACAUGCAGGGAUGAUGGCACAUGCAGGGAUGAUGGCACAUGCAGGGAUGAUGGCACAUGCAGGGAUGAUGGCACAUGCAGGGAUGAUGGCACAUGCAGGGAUGAUGGCACAUGCAGGGAUGAUGGCACAUGCAGGGAUGAUGGCACAUGCAGGGAUGAUGGCACAUGCAGGGAUGAUGGCACAUGCAGGGAUGAUGGCACAUGCAGGGAUGAUGGCACAUGCAGGGAUGAUGGCACAUGCAGGGAUGAUGGCACAUGCAGGGAUGAUGGCACAUGCAGGGAUGAUGGCACAUGCAGGGAUGAUGGCACAUGCGAGCGAGGAAGAGCGGCGGGGGGGGGAGCGGGGCAGUGCGGUAGGGGAAGAGACGGUAAAAGGGAACCGACUCGUCGAACGUGA